UAGAAAUAGACAUGGGAAUGCAAGUGAUCUCUGAGAAAAGGAGCGAAUCUCUAAGGUCGAAGGGCGUUUUCUCUUUCCUGUGCCUCGCAUAUGAAAGACAUCAACCGGUAUCGGAAUAACAGCGUGCUAGUCUCGUACUUUUUCUAAGCCUGUGUCCUCAGUGUCGAGGGUCCCAGUGAAGAAACCGUGCAAUGCACAGAAUAGCCAAUGCAGUUUUUGUACCAAAGUUCUGAAUUUUACUCGUGAAGAUGAGGCAGAAGGAGCUGUUAACCAAGACCUUCCAAGGCCCAGCGGCGGUCUGUAGGACUCCUAGGAGUCACGUUUACGUAUUCGGGAAUGGCAGUGAGAACUCCGAAGACUCCUCGGAGGAAGAGACCUGCCAGCAGCCCGUCGUCCUGCGCCCCCGGGGCAGAGAGCUCCAGAACAGUGUCCACCAGGCUUCCCGGCCCAGAGCAGGGGAUGUGGUGCUGCUGCAGCGGGAGCUGGCACAGGAGGACAACCUCAACAAGCUUGCCCUGCAGUAUGGCUGCAAAGUCGCAGAUAUUAAGAAAGUCAACAACUUCAUCAGAGAACAAGACUUAUAUGCUUUGAAAUCUGUUAAGAUUCCCGUGAAAAGCCAUGGUAUCCUCACCGAAACCCACAAAGAACUGAAGCCCCUCCUGGGGCCAUCCGUAGAGACCAGAGUGACCUUCGGGGACCCUCCCAGCGUGGACAGCACGGCUGCAGGUGCGGACACCCAGGCCAGCCAGCUGUCAAACUUCUUUCAGGGCAUUGACCGGAACAUCGAGCGCGCAGUGCAGUCGGAGAUCUUCCUCGGUGAGGGCUGCUGUGCAGAUGCUCCCAGGCCACUGCUGCCCCCAGCACCCCCAAAGACGUCCACAGACGGUGCCGACUGUGGGAUUCAGUGGUGGAAUGCCGUCUUCAUCAUGCUCCUCAUUGGGAUUGUGUUGCCAGUGUUUUACUUGGUCUACUUUAAAAUACAAGCCACUGGGGAGCCCCCCGAUAGGUUGAAUGUAACUGCUGUCCCCUAUGGCUCGAUGGCAUCCAGUAUCGCUCCAGGUCAACCCCCCAGAUUAGUGAUCCCAAGGCCAACCAUUGCCCCCGCAGAUGGCCAGUUCAGCCAGUCCACCUCAGCAGGGAGCUAGGCUGUUGAUUGUGCCCAGCAGGCAGCCUGGCUUGGCUUCAGCGGUUGGGGUUGGUGCUCAAUGUCUGCUAGCUGUCCCUGGCUGUGUUCUCGGGUGCUGCGUUUGGUUUCCUGGGCUGUGUGGACACGACCGCAAGUCGUAGGGCUCUUGAUCACACUUGCCCUGAGGAGUGAUCACUCCAAGGCUGCAGGAUCCCAGAUACCGCCACCCUCAGCCUCGUUUGUAUCCAAGAAGGUGCCGUGAGAGGGGCGGGUACCCAGGCCCCAUGCUGCUGUUUGAAGACUGGCUGGUUGUGUCUGCCUGGAAGUCCUGCAUGGGCCCUCAGUGGCUUGUGCAGAGGGAGAGGCGUGGCCACCAAGGAGCAGCAAUGUGGGCAUCCCUGGGUCAGGUCAGGUCCAUUGUCUAUCACAGUGUCCCCAAGUGCUAUGGAGGGGCCCUGAACUGGCUGGGAGAUGUGUUCUUUGUCUCCCCAGUAAGGUGCUAUGGAAUAGUUUCGUCACCCUAAUUUAGAGAGUGACAGAUAUAAUGGUAAGCGGCCGUGCUUCCUCUUUGCCCGCCAGCUCUGUUGGAGACCUGGCACCUGGAGGAUGCAGCGGUGCCCUCCUCAGUGCCUCCCUGCUGGGUAAACAGCACCUCUGUGCCUCAGGUCCCCGUCCUCGUGGACUGCCACACAGGCAGGUCUCAUUUUCCAUGAAGUGGCUCCCGGAUCUUCCCAGUCUUGUUUACGGAUGGGUGCUCGUGCUGGCUAGGGUGUGGCAGGAAGCACUGUGCACCUGUCCCCAGGCAGCUGCCUCGCCAGUUGCCGGUGUUGCCUAGAGCAGCAGCCCUGUGCACGUUCAUAACCCCAGGGCGCGUCCUGCUGCAGGGCUGGUUUUUCUAAACUAAAACCUGAGUAUUCAAGUUGAAUAGAGGUGCUGGCCCUUUGCAAUGCGUGAGUGGGUUUGGGGCUGCAGGUGGUGCACUUGGUCUCUAAAAGGCUCACCAUCACUGCCCUCGGGGAACCCUCUGUAUAUGGUGUAGCUCGUAAUGUUAAGACCAGACACUUCCUGGAGGGAUGCAGGUAUCUCCUUUCCUUGACUGACUACCAUCUGAGACAACAGCUUGGACAGACAAAGGGUUUAUUUCAGCUCAUGGCUUCAGAGCUGAGGCCACAAUCAGUUGGCCUGUUGGUUUGGGACCUGUGGCAAGCAGCACAUCCUGGCAGGGAGCGUAGUCAGGAGACGUCAUUUCACGUGGCUCAAAGGUAAGGGAGGAGGAAGGCAUGGGGUCCCUACACCCCCUUCAAGGGUACUGCCCCCAGCGACUUAACUUCCUCUUACCCGGCCCCACCUCAAGAAAAUGCCAAGCUGAGGACCACACCUUUAAGUCGUGGGCCUUUGGUGACACUUGCCCACAUCACAGUAAAGUGGCUGUGGCUGCCCAUGGGGAGAUGGAGCCAUCAGUCUGCCGGUCCCCUCCUCUCUGGCCAGACGCCAGCCUGCCGUGUGCAGGCGGGAUGAGGCAGGGAAGGGGCUGAGGGGCUGACAACUCCAUCCACAAGGUCCAUGGAAAAUGCCACAGAAGUGCUGCCCUGGAGGCCCUGGUGUGGCACUUGAUAGCUGAGGCCCAGAGAUGUGAAAGAUCACGUGUUGGAAGAGGAGGGGUGGGUGGCAGGAGAGUACUUGAGAGGGGUUUCCAAUUUCUCUCAGUUUGAGUGAAACAGAUGCCUAGAGUUCAGUUUAGCACAUUUAAAUCAUCUUCACAAUUAAAUGUUCUCUUAAGAGACCAGGAUAAUCUUCGGGAUAAAAUGAACUUGUGAACCUUGGUACAGGAAAAUGCACAAAUGCUUUUCCAGCUAAAUGUCUCUGCUCACUGUGUUGCUGGGGGUCCCAGAUUUCUCUAACAUUUGUGGCCUUUAACUUCACCAGGGAAGGCUCAGAGUCCCUAGGGAAAAUCAUUUUUGCCAGGCAAAGAGUAUCUGUGUCUUUUACUUUUCUCAGUGGAAUAAAAUACUUUCUUCUGCGAAGGAAAAA